GGAUUAAAGUGUCGGUUGUCGAUAUGUCGCGUCGUCGAUAUGCCAACGGUAAUCCAAUGGCCAGGCCAAGCCAAGGUACUUUAGCAGUCUAGGACUACAUGUAUUGUAGACUAGCAAAUGAUCCAGCUUGAUCUAGACAAGAUUUAAAAAUGAUUCCAAGAGUUGAAAGGUAUAGGCAUCCAUCCAACAGAGCUAGCUUGAUGUAAAACAAUGUCCUCUUCCAGUUCUUCCACAAUGACAUCUUUGCUUGUCUUGAGCUAUGUCUUACUUCUCCACUGGAACCUGGUCCGUUGUAAGCUCCAGUAUGAUCCUGGAGGAUCUGAAGACCUGGACCUUCAUGAUGCUAAAGCAGCUAUAGGAAAGUACUUCAAAUACAGCAUUCCAGAGCCAAGAAUGAAAUUAAACGAACAUAAAUUCAUUUAUGAGGUAUCAGAGGUUGGGACCAGCUCUAUCCCCACAUGGCUCGACUUCAACCAAACUUCUUAUACGCUCUAUGGAAUUCCUUUGGUCACAGAGAAAGGUUUCUAUUUGAUGAAGGUAUCUCUGUUAUUCAUGUCUGACAAUACAACAUCUGUUCAAGCCCAAGAUAUCUUUGCCAUUGAUGUAGAUUUUGAAGCAUCACAGGAACUGACCAAGAAAGAAAUCUUAGCAGGUGUUGGUGCCAAACCCCACCAGACAUUAUAUACAGUUGGGAAAAUGAGUGAGCGUGAUACAUGCAGGAGAGAUGAAAUACAGACUGUCAUGUCUGUAUUGUUUGAUGCAGAUGUAAACCAACUCAUUGGGGCCAGCAGAAUAUCCUUGAUCACCAGUUUAGCUUCAUUUGUUAAUCAACCCUUACAAGAAUUCAUCAUGAGCUCCAAGCAUAGUAGUGUUAUCUUGAAGAUGCAGAAAGAUGUUGUGAUUGCAGCUGGUCCGGGUAACGGUCACAAUGCUGGAAGCAAUAAUGGAAUUGUUGUAUCAUGGCCACUUCCCUGUGCGACACAAAACCUUAUUAUCCAAUUUCCAAAGGUGUUGUCUAGAAAUAUUGCAUCUGGGCACUUCAGAGACACUACUGGCUUCAAUGUGAUCAAUUGGUAUAUUACAAAAGUGAGAAAUGAUGGUGUGAAUGCUAGAGGACGUUCAAAGAGAGAGGCAGCAAGGACUGUGGUACCAACUCCCAAACCAUCGCAGACUGCCUCGGUCAUGACUACAACCUCUCUGCUUACAAUCUCAUCUAGUGAUCAAUCAAUGCAGACUAUGUUAACAUCUGUAGAAUCAACACUUUCAUUUACAUCAUCACGUAGUGAGCAGACAAUGUCAUUUUUUUCAUUCAGUACAUCUGGAUUUGAAUUUCCAACAACUCCAAUGGACUUCUCCUCUACACCUACUUCUAUAUAUAGCCCAUCUCCAUCUAUACGUACAUUGACAAGUUUUGGAACAGAGAGUACACAGGUAUCUCUUUCACAGUCACUCUUCAUGACAAGUUUGUCAACCUUCUUCAUGUUGCCUACAGCUGACUUGUUUAGUUUGUCAGUGCAGACAUCACUUUUCUCUCCUACAUCUCAUCAAAGAACUACUUCCUACCAGACACAAAUCUCCUCACCUUUGGAAAGUUCAGAGUCAACAGAAGAGUUUUUGACCUCUAUUUUCAUUUCAAGUGAUAUAAUUUCACGAAGUAAUAUAGUCUUUCCCAGUGUACACAGUACAUUGGAUGAUAGUCAAAGUAUAUUUAAGUCAACUGAUAUAAUUUCAUCUUCUUUGCAAAUACCCAAAUCACCAAGUAUUUCUUAUGACGAAUCUGUUCCAUCAACCAGCUUGGUAUUCACAAUGCUCUCUCGUCAAUCCAUUGAGAGCUUGUUUUCAUCUAGUUUACUAUCUACCCUUCAAAGCUCCAUAUUGGAUUCAACUGCUUUUCCUGAAAUGUCCAGUGGUGGAAGUCUCAUCCCAUCAGUAUCUACAGGGCUUACAAUAUCUUUAGGAGCUUCAGAUUUUGAAAGUACACACACCUUUAGGCUUACAUCAGUAGAGGUAACAACAUCAUCCCAGAUUACAUCAACACCUUCAGAUAGUGCUAUUUUGUCAACUUCUCCAUAUUUCUUAAGCACUCUCCUGUUUUCAUCAGAGAUAACUAUAUUUUCCACUGGAUAUGUUCAGACAUCAAAUAGCCUAAUGUUAACCUCGCAUAUUGAGACUAGUUCAGGAGGAACAAUGAUAACAAUGCUUUCAACAUCAACCCCAAUGUCUUCACAAAUUCAUACCAGUUUAUUCUCAACAACGAGCAUCACAGCACCCUCGCUCACACAUGUAACCACAAGUGAAGUGACAACACUUAUGACCUCUUCAGGAGUAUCCUCCAAACAAGAUGUUUCAACAGCUACUGCCGUCUUUCCUACAUCACCGAGGUCCAUUGAAAUCCAAUCAUCUGACAUUGUUCAAAGUACAACAGUCCUUCUCUCAUCCACUGUUGCACCUCCAAAUACUAUGUCAUCUAGUUAUGUUUUAAGCCCUAUGCCACCAUCCACUGAAACGUUCACAAGUUCCAGUUCCAGCAAGCUGGUGAUGUCUACCUUUGAAACAUCUGCAUCAGGUAUGAUUCAAUCAAGUCUUGUGGAAACUGACACAAUUUCUUUGUCAUCACUGAUUGGAGUGAAUACACUUCUAAGCACUAAGGAUGUUACAGCAUCUCCCACCUUACCCUCGGAUAGUUUUAUGAGCACUGGUACUUUAAUAGACACCAUUUCUCUGUCUGAACGUUUAUCCUCAUCUUUGUCUCCAAAGAUGUCAAAUUACUUGACAUCAAUUUUGCCAAACACCCCUAUCACUGCUUCCUUAGUCAGUAUAACUGAAAUGUUAUCUGUCACACAGUCAUAUAUAUCGAGAGGAACUCUUUUGACUGGUGGAGUGACUGAAAUAUCCAUGACCUCAACAUUCUUUCAAACACAUAGUUUGGUGACUACUGGUGUGUCUGAGAUAUCAACUUCUAUCUUACACCAAUCUUCUGAAUCAGCUUUUUUAUCAAAAAGCUAUCUUGUGUCAUUAUUUAGCUCAAGUACCAGUGAGUUUCCAUUUCUUAGCACAAGCAUGGCACCAUCACUUUCAUCUGUGAAAUAUGUAAAUUCUUCAGCACCUACUGGUUCUAUUUCACCCUCGGAGCAAACUUCGACAGACAUGUUUUUAACAACUCUUCAACUAUCAACUUCAGAGAUAUUAAGCACAAGUGCUUUUCAGUCAUCUCCUUUUUCUGUUUCAUCAAUGGCAAGUUUCCCAACUCCCACUUUAUCAUCCACUGGUGCAUCUCUUGCACACUCUGUCCUUACUUCUACUGUCAGUCAGGAAACUACAAGUAUUGGGUUAGAAUCUGAUAAGUCAAUGACCUUGUUCUUUUCAGAUUCGUCAAGUGAAACCUCAACAUUCUUGUCGUCUGAAAUAGCUUCCAGUCUCAAAUUUACACUUUUGAGUACCAUCAUGCAAUCUGUGUUCUCACAGUCCUACAUCUAUCAUUCUACUUUUGUCCAGCCAUCAAGCUCAUUGGCAUUAUCAUCUUCUGUGGACUCUCCAAGUCCCCAUUACAGGUCUUCUACCCAAACAGCAUUUUCUCCUGUAUUUUCAGCAACGUCACAUUUCUCAAGUCAUUCUUCUGACUCCAAGACCACUUUUGUACCAUCAUUGAUCACAAGUUCUUUGCUUGAGACAGGGAGUUUAGUAUCAACAGAGAUAAAAACACAAUCAGAACUAAUGUCCACCAGUGUAUCUUCUGUAUUUCCAUCAACUGAAGUGAUGGUAAGGAGCUCCUUUUCUCUAGGUAUAUCAUUAUCAGUACCCUCCUUAUCAAGCAAUUUAAGAACCCACUCAGAACUGUCUAUGAGUGUACCUUCCAUUUUCUCGUCAUCUGGAAAAAAGAGUUCCUUGCCUAGUCCUAUGAUGUCAUCAAUCCAUUUGAGCACUCAACUAAUGCCUACCAGUUUACAUUCCAUGUUCUCAUCAACUGAAGAGAUGGUCAUGAGCUCUUUGUCAAGUCUUACUCCGUCAUCAUCAAUCCCCUCCAGUAAAACCCAGUCAGAACUGUUCUCUAGUGUACGUCCCAUAAUCUCAUCAACUGAAGAGAUGGUCAUGAGCUCCUUGAUUAGCCCUUCGCCAUCACCAUCAGUACUGUCCAUUUCAGUGGUGAUGUCAUCCAGCUCUAUUAUAUCACCUAGUCCUACUGUUUCUCAGACAUCUAUGACAGGCCAGACUUUAGUACUGCCUUCCCUUCCCAGCACAGAUGUAUCGAUGCCCAUAUCAUCACACUUUGUUUCAGUUUCUGACAUCAAACCAACACCGCCAUCAUCCAGUCGACAUGAUGUUAUGUCCACGCCAGUUGUCACCACUCAACCAGCUACAACUCCGACAGAAACCACAACAGAACCUGAAAACCAGAGGCCUAUUAUCCAGUAUCCCAUUGAUGAAAUCAACAUUGCAUUAGGAGAUGUUCUGUAUUUCUUUAUCCCAGAAGACACCUUUCAUGACCCAGAGGAUGGGUUAACCUUUGAUCUUGAGCUUGACCUGCUCACUACGGACCAUGAACCAGUGAGUUCCUCUCACUGGCUGCAGCUAGUUAAUAAUCAGCUGACCCUUGCUGGUGUGCCUUUAGAAAGCAACCUCACAUUGUCAAGAAAUGAAUAUCUCUUGUCUGCAACAGAUUCAGAGGGGCUGGUGGCUUAUGAUGCAUUUGUUGUCAAAGUGCAGGAAAGAUCUUUAGAGUAUAAUCAUGAAUUAGUCAUCACCCUCAACAAUGACUUUCAAAAUUUUGUGGAAGAUAGCCAAAAUAUUGUUUCUUUAUGUGAUGGUGUAGCCAGUUAUCUUGGAGAUCAAAAUACUGAUGCUUUCAGUAUAGCUUCACUGGCUAAAGGUUCUGUAGUUAUGACAUAUUCAAAUAGGACCAUAACAAACAAGCAUUGUGACUAUGAAGCUAUUGAAAAUAUAUUUAGCAGCAUGGCCUAUCCCAAUGGCACACCAACAAAUGACUUUGAAAAAGUUCUCUUGCCAAACUAUGAAAUUAGAAACAUUGAAAGGAUAUUCUUAAAUAUUUGUUCUGUAAGUACUUUAUCGCCUGUGACUAAUAUUACUGAGUAUCCUGGGAUAGGGACCAACCUUCUUCUUGUGACAGUACUUCCAGCAUCUCUGCUGUCUUUCCUCUUUUUAUUCUGUUUCAUCAUCAUCUGUUGCUGCUACAAGCGCAGUAGAGGUGGGGAGGAGUUCUUGCUGCAUGAAGAGAAACCCAUCUUUGCAAAGAAUCGCAAGCCAAUUUACCUAGACAGAGAGCUUGAUGAUAAAGAACCCAACAGGACUUCUGAUCCUGUUAUUCUCCCAAUCGAUGUAGACCCUGUAAAGUCAUCUCAGACCUUCAGACGAAAACCUCAUGAAUAUCAAAGGGAGCCAAAACCACCACCUCCUCAGUAUAGACUGCCUGACUAUGCUCAUGUGAACUUGGGUUAUGAUGGCUUUGAUAAUGAAGUUGAAAAUGAUGUUUAUGAAAUGAAACCUCCGACAUAUACUUCACAACCCAUUCUCCAUAAUGUAGCUGAUCCGAAGUCACUUCCACCUCUUUACAGAUUGCCUCCACCAUACCAGUCUCAAGAUAGAGGAUUCUUUGAAGAAUCUGACAUUUGAUUUAAUGCUAUCUCAGCCACGGCGAGUUUUCUUUCAGCAAGAAAUUUAUCCACAUUGUGCAAUACUCAACCCAGGUGAGGUGAAUGGGUACCUGGCAGGAUUAAUUCCUUGAAUGCACCAAGCGCCUUUAGCAGCUAGAAUUACAGCCGGGGUAAUAUAUAGUGUGCCAUUGAAUAGCAAACUAGAUAAAUCAGCGCCUCAUAAAUGAUAAAAGCUAUGUAUUAUUAUUAUCUCUUCAUGUUGAUCAGUUAGCCCAAGUAUAGCCAGUUCAUUGGAAGGCUCUUGUGGCUAAGUAUUUAUUUCAUUGGGAAUUUUUUAGUGAAAGUUUUUAGAAUAAGCAACAUAAUAUUAAAUGAUUUUUAUGCAACAGAGCACUAUCUCAAAUUUUAGUGAAAAUUAUUUUUGUAUCUUUGACAACACAUUUUCUUUCCAAUAGCCAGCUACUUUAUAAAAAAAAAUAGGCUACUGCACUCAUAGGAACAAGAUUUCAACAUUACUUCAAACGAAACUUUAGAAGGAAGCAACACUCAGUUUAUUCUGAUGAAUGUUUGUUUUAGCCCUAUGCAAUAGUACAGUAAAAUGUAGUUUUCUAAUACUCCACACAUAUUUAAACUGAAAAGGACGCCAUUUCACAAAGACUUACAUUUGUCAUUAUUUAAACUUCAUGGUAUCUAGGAUGUUUAUUGGCUGCCGAUCCUUGUUACUAGUUAGUUACCACUGUGGCAAAGUUACAAUAAUUGUAUUUCUGAAAUGGCGCCCAGGUAAAACAUCAAAUCUCAUUGAAUUGCUGAAACCUUUACUUUUUACGUUCCAAGAUUAACACAAGCAUGCAUUCACAUCUAUAUUUCAAGUCUGACUAAUUACUUAAAGAGGGAAUUGUAUUGCGUGUUAUAUUACAUGCAUGUAAAUUACGCCCCUAUUGUGACAAAACUCGGACAUGUUGAUUCUUUCAGAUGGGUUGACCAUUACUGUAUGUAAUUACCACCAUUCAUUAUUAACAGCGUUUUUCUUUCAUAUGAUUACAAACCAUAUUUAAAUACUAUAUUUUUCAUGGUAUCUUACAUAGUUCUUCAGAUUAAUUCUUAUUUUCCCCUGUCCUUGGGAUUCAUCAUUCAUUUGAAUAUAUCUUUAAUUUUUAAAUUCUUACUCCUGAACCAUGUUAUAUUGUAUGUCUUAGUAGAAAUUGGUUGACCAAAAGGCUUCUAAUGAUCAUGAACUUUGGUGGCACACAUAUCAUGAAAUGAAUAAAUUGACUGUGUUAUUGCAUUUGGAUUUUGAAAAAUUAAGGGAAUAGGCAAGUAAAAAAUAUGCAGUUUUGAAUAUUUGAAAUUUGUGAUUAAGUUAACUCUAAAAGGUUUGGGGGCAGCAGAUUAGCACCCCCCUCAACAUUUUUUGUGCUGCUCGCUGACUUUUCACUUUCAAGUCUUGCGCAACUUUUGAGACCAAAUUUACUACAUGUAGUAAUGCAGUUACAAUAUUGCACAACAUUAUGUACCGUAAGGGCACUAGUAUUCAACCCGUUUGGAGAGUUUCCUCAAAUAUCUAGAAAUAUAGAAUUUACCUGAAUUUCAGACCCGUCUUAUUUCCAAGAGCAAAUGCUGGUUAUUCUUUUUCCGUUAUUUUUUUCUUCAACCCAUCGACUGUGUGCGCGGGCGAUCGAAUUAUACGGCGAUGGUUUUUGGCACUAGUAUUCAAUCCGUCGGCACUAGUAUUCAACCUAGCGAUGAAAGAUGGCCCUGUCUUUCAAUCUGCCCUUGUCCCAUCCGACUAUGGACUAGACCAAUUGAGAUGACACCAAACAGGGAAUUAAUCAAAGCCAGAGACUUACAUAAGUCUAGAUCUAAUUGAGCAAUCUAAACCAUUUUGAAAUUAGCCAUCUAUCAUCACUAGGUUGAAUACUAGUGCAUUUCAGUGCAAAAGGUCAUCGCCGCAUAAUUCGAUCCUCCGCGCAUACAGUCGACAGAUUGAUAAAGAAAAUACCGACAACAGAUUACACUGGAAAUAACAAAGGUAUGAAAUUAAGAUAAAUUCCCUAUUUCUAAAUAUUUGGGGAAUUUGUCCAAAUCUUUGAAUUAAGCCGGGUUGAAUACUAGUGCCCAUACGGUAAGUGCAUGUCAGACCCAGAAUUGCUAUUAGUGAAUUAAGAACAAAUCCAAAACAAAUCGUGUUUUUAGCCGAAAUUCAUAAAUAUAUCAUUUCUACUUUUACUGAUUAAAAUCAUUGAUUAUUUUUAUAAGAAUUAAGACGGCAACAAUUCCCAUUGAAUAAACAAUAAAAAACAAUAGUUGGAAAACAAAGAAAUAUUUAAUACAUUAGACAAAGAAUUGUUUUACCCAUACUUUAAAAAUUACAUUUGAUCGGAAUCCUACAGAGUCUGUGGAACUAGUCUUUCAAAUUACAAAUCAACGUCUUAGUGCAUGUACUUAAUUUAUUUCAAGUUGGUAAAUUUCAUGAAAUGACAUAUUCUAUCAAAACCAGUCCCUAUCGGAUUCCUUGUUGUCAAAGUGAAAUUGUAUUAUUGUAAUUAGAUCUAUCAUUUGUAGUUCUAUGCAUAUUACUCUUUUUAAACCCAUCUAGAUACAUUGAAUAGUACUUUAAACAAAUGUACAGUGUAUUCUCUCAAAACUUUCACAAUACUGCAUAGUAUACCAUUACAAUAAUGUACUCAAUCUGAUGCUUUUAUAAUUCCGUAUAUAUAUAUAUCCUUGCUUCUAUUCAUAAGUCUUCUAUCACAUGAUGAUCUGAAACCUUUGUUAAGUAGGUCCUUCAGCUCGCUAUUGUACUUGAAGUAAAAAAAAAUGAAUGAAUGUAAUGAUGAAAUAAUUAUUCUUUUGUUUUAUUUUCCAAAGUGAGUUGGUUAAAUGUUUUUCAAGAGGAACUAAAACAGACAUAAACAUGACAGACAUCACUAUACAACGAGCUUGCCUAGCAUAAUGAUUAUUGUACUGAAUAUUCUAAUAUCAUCUCAGAAAAUGAGUAAUAGUUGGUAAAAUGAGAAUUAAAGUUUAAUAUGACAUGUGAUAGUAACUUUACUUAUGAAAUCUGCAUACCUGUCAACUAUUCCUAUUGAAUUUUGGGUAAAAGAAAUUUUCAAUUAUAUCCUGUAUUCCUAUUCUGUGAUAAAUAUGAAGUAUUGAAUUGGAAAUUUAACUUCAUAUUUCUGGAAAUUUCUUGUUAUUUUUUUUAAAUUUCUUGGCUGUCAGGGUUUGCAAUUAUUGUAGCAAGUAUUCAUGGUAAAUGUAUUCAAAUGAGUAACUCUAUUAGCCCAGUUCCAUUGUAAUUGAACACUUCUUGAGUUCAGUGUUAAGGUAAAGCAUAAUGAUGCAGUGAUGUGUAUACUGAGUUUGUAUGUUGUUCCUAAUAGAGAAUAGAUAUUCAUUUUGUAACAUACAUGUGUAAACUCAUUUUGCUAGCAUCGAACCUUACCUUACGGAACAGUACUUUUUACUCUUUCAAUGUAAUAUUUCAUAAGUGUUUUGUCUGCUAUGUUGCUAUCUUAUGUAAUAAGUUUUUU